AUGCGGCCUGAGCUCCAGGCUCACAGUCGACAAGUGACUGAAAGAGACAGCCCUCGUUCAAUUUUAAUAUCACCAAGCAGUACGCAGCCCCCUGCAUGUCACUCACCUCGCGCUCGCCACGGCUUCCGCAGGAGCUAUACGACUGUAACAUGAUCAUCGACUUCUCGUUUGACGAGCCUUCUACGCUGGUGGCAUGUAGUCUGGUGUCGCGCACAUGGUUACCUUCGUCUCGCAUGCACAUCUUCUCGUACAUCGAGAUUACGUUGCCAGUGGACAUCUCUGCGUUCCUUGCCAUAACCUCCUCAGAGCUGUUGGACGCGAGCCGCAUCCCACUUCUUGUCCGCGAUCUCCUAGUAGUAGGUUGGAACCACUACGAGCCGGAGCUAUAUAACGUCGGACUCGAUACAAGGCUGCCCGGCCUCCUGAAGAAGUUUGCAUUGGUCAAAACGCUGCGGUUGCAUACCGUGCGUUGGACAUUCGGGCCGUCUGCACUGUUACCCGCAGUAGCGGACGCUUUGAUGGCGCUUGCGAGUCAGGUUGUCCAUUUACACUUGCAUGCUGUUGAAUUUGGGACUUUCGAUAAUGCGUUGCAUUUCCUCUUCACGUCGCCUCGAAGAUGCUCCCUCCACCUCACGUCAUGGGGCUACUCGGCAGACAAGGCUAUCCCCUGGGAUGCAGCUGCCAAACAGCCCUUGUGCAAAGUGGUCAGAAUCGGCACAUCGGUGCUCACUCUCAGCGCAUACUUUCGUCUCUACUUGACCAUGCGCGAAGCUUCUGUCUUCCACUGGCCAAUGUCCAUGCCUCGAUAAUCACCCGUGGCCAUGGUAUGGUAUCAAGGAUAUACCACAAAAACUCACCGAGUUGGAGGAAAACGCUGUGGCACAUGGUCUGGGAGUUGGAACGUCCCAGAACCCUCCCUCGACCCAUCUACACGUCGAAACACUUGAAAUCAACAUCCCUGCAAUCCUGCAAGCGUUUACUGUCUUCUCGCGAACCCUGAACUUUCUCCUCAAUUCCAGAUUGCUACUCGCGCACCGUGUGCAC